AUGGGCCAACAGGGGAGCCGAAUAAAAGUGACAGAGGCCGAUAAGGCGAUGUUGCAGCUCAAGAUGGCUAAAGAUGAGUUGCAUCGGUAUUCCAGGCGUACAGAGACGUUGAUAAACACGGAACGGAAUGAACUAAAGGGUUUGUGCUCCAGACUUAAGGGUAAGCAGCUGAAGGAAGACCCUCGGGCGAGAUUGCUGUUGAAGCGGAUGCAUUACCAACAGCGGUUGUUAGAGCAAUGCACUGACCAGAUUAUAAAUUUGGAGACGAUGGUACAGUCUAUAGAGUUCAAAUUAGUGGAGAAGUCCUUUAUUGAUGGGUUGCAAAAGGGUAAUCAAUUGCUCAAGAAACUCAAUUCUGAGCUAAACUUGGAGAAGGUUGAGAAUAUAAUGGACGCUGCUGCUGAGCAGAUAGAAAUACAACGGGAAAUAGAUGAUACGUUGUCCAAUGCUAUUGUUGGGUCGACAAUCAAUGAUGAGAUAGACAAAGAGUUAGAACAGCUAGAUAGAGAAACAAAUGGCGUUGAAAAAGUGGCAUCUGCACCUGGUGUGCAAGAUAAGCUGGAACAACUCCCAUCUACGGAGAAAUUGGGAAAAUUCAAAGCUUCAGAACCCGAACUGGAGGAGGAACAGCCUCAGCGUCGUGCCCAGAACGAACCUUUGUUAGCAUGA